ACAUUCAUGUAACGCAAUUUAGUCAUUUUUAACGUUAAAAGAUGUAACGUUUUUAGUCUUUUUUUUCCGUCAAAAUCGACUGAAAUUUCAGUGUAAACCAACUGUAUGAAUAUUCGGAACGCUACCCAGCAUCUUUCAAAUUCAAACAUUUGAAAUGACAACCAUUCCAAACAACUCUGUUCCGAACGAACUGAAUAAACAUCUUACAAAAAUUCGAUUUGUGUAUUGAUUUCGUUUUGGGCGCGUGAAUUAGAAAGAAACAGCAGAACCGACACAUCUCUUCCAUUUCACACAACACAACAGACUCAUUCGCUACUAUGGCUUGGUGUUGUAUUUGUUUAUUUUGGUUCCGUUAUGAGAUUAUAUUUCGCAUGAGUUUCUGCAUCGACACCAGUCAAAUCCGAAUUUCGUCACGAAAAUUAGCGCGUUGAAGAGAGUUGUCACAUACACACAGUGUGCAGAUACGUGUGUGCAGUAUUUAUGUCACAACCAAAUUCAGCUUGAUGUGUCAAACUGAUGCCGGUUGCACAUUCACAUUGAUUUGAGCAUUUGGAAAGGCAAGUCAUUUGUUGUGAAUACUGUUCGAUUUACAGUGAUCGUUUUUUUUCGUUUUUCAUUCAAAUUAAGUAAUUUAGAAGCAACAAAAAAUCAUUUCUAGUGCGUUCUAAAGUAAUUUUUGUGUUUUCAUUCUAUUUUUUCAGGGUUCAAUAAUGGGCAGAAAAAGGAUUGGGGCACAUGCCAUUCGUGGCAAUAGGUCGAAACCGCGGAAAGUUGAAGAUGGCAAGCAAAAGGAGGAGAAAGCAUACUUUGCAAUCAAGUUGGCCGCCGCUAGUAUCGUUCGACCGGAAUAUCGUGAUCGUAUUCUGCCAUGGAUCACAAAAACGAGCAUAAAAUGCACCGAAAUAUCUGAAUUGGCGUCGCUUUUAUUCCUCAACAAAGUCAGAGAUGCCACUGAACAGGCCAUCAUCACCGGCAAUUGGGAAUAUUUCGACGAUGGCGAUGGAAUGCACAUCAUCGAAAAUUGCUUCUUUGCUGUGUUGCGGCGCUACAAGGAAGAAAAUUUCAUUAUGGAUCCAUGGUUCCGGCAUUGCUUUGAGAAUGUGGACACCGAGAAUCGCUCCGCAUGGCCAAACAAUGAUUACUUCGGCAACAUGAUGAAAUAUUUGUUCCAACAAUAUGGCCGUAAUGUGAAGACGAAUUUGGAUACACAUGCACAGAAACGAUUGCGGUAUUUCUUGAGAUUGAAGGCAUUCAGACAGAACUACACUAACCGGAUUCGUGGCCUACCGGCGGUGGCGUGCAAAGUACGACGCGAACGACGCAAUUGCGUCGGGCGGCACUUGCCGUGGGGCGGCAAAAUUGCGAGCGAAGCGAGCAAAAAUGUUGUAUUUUAGUAAUAAAGGUAAUUUUUGGGGCGACAUUUUGGGCAUCUGCGUCGGGCGGCACAGCAUCUGCGUCGGGCGGCACAUUUGCUUUGUACGCCACCGCCUACCGGACACAUACGAUGAACGAGAUGUGGCAAAUGCAGUGUCAUGGGCAAUGAAACGAUAUGACGCAACAAGAGGUGAUGCGGAUCGCUUGGCCAAACGAGAUCGAUUGCUGCUUUAUGUUCGAGAUAUUCGCGGACCGACUGACGAUGAUAUCGCCAAAUUCACCAAAGACGAAGAUACAUGGUUUGCAUCAUUGCCAAUGUGGUUGAUCAUGCAAUCAGAAAUCGAAACACACCUCAACUGGGUUGAACAACACCACGACAACAUCGUGCAAGUCAUUGCGUUACCAAACAUCAAGAAUUUGGUGGUCAUCCCAAUCUGUCAUCACACGCGAAAGGCAGUGAGAAUAGACGCUGAUGUUUUGUAUCAUAUGAUGUGCGGAACCGGUACCAUUCCUCGUGAUGAAUAUGGUCGGCAACACUCAGGAAGCGACGUCACGUUAAAAUCAAAUCAAGCGUAUUAUUUCAAUAUGAUUUUGAACAUGGAGAAAAUCAAUCGAGUGUUGAAAGCAAACAAAAAAUUCGAACAUAUUCUCAGCGAUGGUGUAUCGGCAUCGAUUCUGUACUCAGUGAAGAAAACCGUAGUCGACAAGUUAGUGGAAGAUGGUUUGGUGCGUAAACGGUACUCUGAUGGCUUCUAUGUCUAUGAAUUGGGCAUUGAUUGGGGUAUGAAUUAAUAAUGACAAAGAGCGAAUUCAUAAUGGCAAAGAGGUAUGUUAGCGAUUGAAUGCAUUCUAUUGUGAUUGUGUCAUGUGAAUCCAUUUCAUUGUUUAAUUUUUAUUGUUCGAUUUUUGUUUCCAUCUCACAGAUGAAUUUCACAAUCAACAGCAAGAAGUAUCAUUAUUGCACCGGAGAAGGAGUGCGUAAGGAAAAGAGAGAGCGAUGGACUCGUGCCUUUGGGCAGUUCGAAGAGAGUGAUCGAAACAACCGAGCGCGAUAUGACCGAAUGCCAUCACCAAAAGGAAGUAAUUGGCGUGACUACAUACGGCAUCGAUUCACCAUCAUGAAGAAAGCCAUUGCAGUGUACACAACCGAAAAGUACACACGUUUAAGUUUUGAUCAUUACAUCGAGUCCAAUCGGGUCAGUGACAAGGUGGCCGCAAUGCUGACAAAUCGCAAACGAUGCAUCAUUAACAUUGGAGCUUCCCAACCAGCUGCAAAUUCACCAAUACAGAUCAAGAAACACGUUCGAUGCCCGGGCGUGCGGAAAUUGAUGAAGAGUUUCAAGAAAAUGGAAGGCAAUGUCAUACGAUUUGUGAACGAAGCCAGAUCAUCACGAUUGUGUGCCAGAUGUUCCGAACCAUUUCCAUUGAGUACAUUGAACGAUCGUGUCAAGGUGUGUGAAUGGUGUAUGCCCGAUCAAGAUGAUUGGCCUGAUGGAAUGAAGCUACCAGAGAAAAUUGUAGCGGCAAAGAGCAAGCGGAAGUUGCGAUCAGAGCGACGAGCAAUGCGACAAGCAGCAGUGCAGAAUCCAAAUCAACCCCGUGGUUUUGUGUCUAAGGUGAUUUGCUACCGUAAAAACUGGCAACAAAACGCGGCAAACGGUAUGGAUGACAAUGUUGAAGAGCGCAGAGGUGUAAUCAUUCACGACGCUGAACUCGGUAUCAUCGAGUACACAGAUGAAUUUGUGCCCGAAGACCCCGUUGACGACUCUCCAGUACUGAAGACAGUUUGGCAACGUGACAUUUCAGCUGCAAAAUUGAUCUUGUACAGAGGGCAUUGCGAACUCUUUGGACAUCGGCUGCAUGAUGCGUUCACACGUCAACACCUCGUGUAUCCAACUCGAUUCCGAGUCAACUUCAACAUUCAUUAAUAUCAAUAGAGCCGCAAUUUAUGUUUUAUUUUUCAAAAGAAUUUAUGUAACAGUAUGUUAUUUGGAGUUGGUUGAGGUCUUAGUCUCCCAGACAUCAUCGAUACCAGAUAUCGAUGGCUAUCUAUAGUCUAUAGUCUAUAUAGAUGUAGGUAGAGUACAGGAUAAUUCCUGUAGCGUAAGAAAUUAGCGUUAAUUCGCAAUUUGUUGUAUGUGCUAAAGUGCAGUUUCAUGGAAGUCAUAAAAUGUGUACGAUCAAAAUAUACCGCUUCAAACAACUAGGUUUCUUUAAAAAUCAAUCAUAACGAUGGGAAAACUGUGAAUGAUUGAUUCGAAUGGAAACGAAAAGAAACAAAAGAAAAAUGUUCGAUAGAUUUCUAAAAAAAUUUCAUUGCAAAGGUCGAAUAAAUAAACAAUUGCAAUUGGAGGGAAAAGAAAUAAAGUUGAUUGAAUCGGCACGGUAUGAAUAAUGUGAGAAGAGAGGAAUGAACCUCUUUGUACUGGUUCAAACGUGCAUUUGCAUGAAUAUUUUGAAAUAUUAAUAAAAUACAUGUUAGGCAAAUAAGAAAAUUCCACAUGUAUGCGAAUUAGUCUAUUAUUUACAGAUCAUUUCCAUUGCGAUUGUCGAAUGAAGCUAGAAACAAUUAGAUUUUCCUGCAUUGAAAAUCCAUCAUACAAAUUGAAAUAGAUGGGUCUUGGAAAUUGAAAUGCAUUGAUUUUUCUGAAACCAAAAGCAUACACACACACACACACACACACACACACACACACACACAAAGCAAUGCGUCAUUUCCAUCAUCCUCAAAAAGACGAAACAAUGCAAAUACCAAUUUGGAUCAGCUGUUGCAGAAGCAAAUUGUUUUCCAAUACAGACUUCUUAUGUAAUAUCGCCAAUCUACACGGAAAAUAUGCGAUUUAAUCGUGUUUAAUCAGUGAGUUUGCGAAAUUUUCUGCAUAUGGAUCGAUAAUGGGCUUCCGUUUGCGUGCACCAUCAGAACGUUGUUCGAACGUUCGACGGGCAAACGGGGAGAGGGACGCAGUCGUUUGCGAAUAAUAUAGAACAGAAAUGAGAAUGUAAUAUUAAGAAUGUGCACUAAAAUGUGCUGUUGAGUAUAUACGGUAUGCACGAGUUGCUAUUGUCAACAAACGGUGAUGCAAUGGAAAUGAAUACAUGCAAAUAAGCUGUUACUUUUGCGAAACUACACACGAUGUGUUUGGUGCGUACUGCGAUAAAAGCC